AGCAUUAUAUGGACUCCUUCCACCUGCACACUUGUCCAGGGCCAGUCCAUCACAUCUCCUGCCAGAGAGGGUUCGGGCAGCAGAAGACACCAGCCAUGAGCCGCAGCACCCUGGUCCUGCUCCUGCUGUUUGCUCUGACGUGUGCAGAGCUCAGUGCAGCUUUAAGGCUACACAGUAAACAGCGCUGCCUCUGUAGGUCUUUCAACAAAGCCCAUCUUAAGAAUAUUCAAAAUUGGAAAGUUUUCCAUCCCAGUGCAUUCUGUGAUGCUUUUGAGAUUGUGGGGAUGCUGAAAAACAACAGGAAGCAGUUCUGCCUGGAUCCAAGUUCAAGGGCAUGGAAAACAAUAAUGUAUGCAUACAGAGUGUCAGUGUAAAUGGCAUCAUGGACAGAAAUUAGCCUCUGACUUACAAAUGCCUAUAAGCUUAAUCUAACCAAAAGUCUAAAUUAAAAUCAAUGAAAUUCAUGCAUAGAUUUAAAAAAAAAGUGUGUUUCAGUGGUGUUUCUCUUCCAUCAAUAUGUACCAAGGUGUAUAUGUGUGUGUGUGUGUGUGUGUGUGUGUGUGUGUGUGUGUGUGUGUGUGUG